AUGAACCCCAACUGCGCCCGGUGCGGCAAGAUCGUGUAUCCCACGGAGAAGGUGAACUGUCUGGAUAAGUUCUGGCAUAAAGCAUGCUUCCAUUGUGAGACCUGCAAGAUGACACUCAACAUGAAGAACUACAAGGGCUACGAGAAGAAGCCCUACUGCAAUGCACACUACCCCAAGCAGUCCUUCACCAUGGUGGCUGACACCCCGGAAAACCUCCGUCUCAAGCAGCAGAGCGAGCUCCAGAGUCAGGUGCGCUACAAGGAAGAAUUUGAGAGGAACAAGGGCAAAGGCUUCAGCGUGGUGGCAGAUACACCCGAACUCCAGAGAUUCAAGAAGACCCAGGACCAGAUCAGUAAUAUAAAAUACCAUGAGGAGUUUGAGAAGAGCCGCAUGGGCCCCAGUGGAGGUGAGGGCAUGGAGCCGGAGCGCCGGGAUUCCCAGGACAGCAGCAGCUACCGGCGGCCCCAGGAGCAGCAGCAGCCGCACCACAUCCCGACCAGUGUCCCAGUUUACCAACAGCCCCAGCAACAGCAGCAGCAGCAGCAGAUGGCUCAAUCCUACAGUGGCUACAAGGAACCUGCAGCCCCAGUCUCCAUACAGCGCAGUGCCCCAGGCGGGGGCGGGAAGCGGUACCGCGCUGUUUACGACUAUUGUGCAGCUGACGAGGAUGAGGUCUCCUUCCAAGACGGGGACACCAUUGUCAACGUGCAGCAGAUUGAUGAUGGCUGGAUGUAUGGGACCGUGGAGCGCACCGGUGACACGGGCAUGCUGCCGGCCAACUAUGUGGAGGCCAUCUGAGCCUGGCCGGCCGGUGGCACCCCUGUCCUACCCUCCGUCUUCAGUGCAUUCCACAGCAUCGCAUCCGUCCUGAGGCGACAUUCUGCCCCCAGGAGUCUCUGUUUUUUUAAAUCUGCGACCGCUUGUUUCUUCCCACCCCCUCCAGCUUCUUUUGCUAACUGAAGCCUGUUCUACCACUCCCAUGGGCUCCUUCCUCUGGCUGGUUUUCCUCUUGACCAACUUGUGGGUUUUCUCUCUCUGGAUGG